AAAAGUUCAGUUUAACGUGUCAAGAGGUUCCCCCAUAAACGUUUUAUCGUGUAAAAAAAAACCAACAGGAAGUGCUCGGUCUGUAAAUCCGUCAAGCCUUACGCUUGGUUGGAAGGAGGGCGGCGUGUUUCUACCGGAGACAGUCCCGUUAAACGGAGCGGUCGAACGGACAGACGCUUCCACCGUGCGCCGAAACAAAUAAAGCAAACCAGAAAGGAGAAGAAGAAGAAGAGCAGAAGGAACUUGGCGAGUCUUUCUUGUUUGAGGUCAAAGUUCAGCAGUCAUCAUGGCAGACGAAGCAGACAUGCGCAAUGAGCUGGCAGACCUGCAGACGCGAGCAGACCAGAUAGCUGAUGAGUCUCUGGAGAGCACUCGGCGUAUGCUGGCUCUGGUUGAGGAGAGUAAAGAUGCCGGCAUCAGGACUCUGGUCAUGUUGGACGAGCAGGGAGAACAACUUGAUCGUGUGGAGGAGGGCAUGAACAAGGUGAACGCAGACCUGAAGGAGGCCGAGAAAGAUUUAAAAGAUAUAGGACAAUGCUGUGGUCUGAUAUGCCCAUGUAUUAAAAAGAUUAAGGGCGGGGGCCAGGCCUGGGGAGGGAACCAGGACGGAGUGGUGAACAGCCAGCCAGGGGCUCGAGUGGUGGACGAGCGUGAACAGAUGGCCAUCAGUGGGGGCUUCAUCCGCAGGGUAACAAAUGAUGCCCGGGAGAAUGAGAUGGAUGAGAACCUGGAGCAGGUGGGCGGCAUCAUUGGCAAUCUGCGUCACAUGGCCCUGGACAUGGGCCAGGAGAUUGACACCCAGAACCGCCAGAUUGAUAGGAUCAUGGAGAAGGCUGAUUCCAACAAGACCAGGAUUGACGAGGCCAACCAGCGUGCUACAAAGAUGCUGGGCAGUGGCUAAACUGCAGUGAAAAGUGCUUUCAUCCCUGUUUAACUCCAGGCACCCUUAAAAUAACAACAGCAACCAAACCCAGCCCGGCCCCCGAACAGCAACGGCACCCACUUCCUACGCUCAACAGCAAGCGCUGCAAAAUCAUGCUUUUAUUGUGAUACUUGUAGAAGUUUGCUUACAUGCACAUAUCAAACAUUCCUCCACCACACCUCUCAUUCCUGCCCAUCACUUCCCUCAGUCCCUCCCUCCCCUUAUUGUCAGUGUUGUUCUGUGUUGUCGCUCUUUUGAUUUUGUUAAGAAAUAAUAGUUCUGUUACACAACAUCCUCUCAGGCUCUCUUCACACUGUACACAGUGCUUCUUUAAUGGCUUCAUUGAUUUAGACCCCUUGUCCUGUUUUCUUCGUCACUCUUUUUUUAAAGUCUGCGUAUAAUAUAAACUAUAUUUACACCUUGUUCAAAGAUGUCCUUCCCCCAUGUCAAUAUUUUGGUGUUGUCCAUGUAAGACACACUGUGUAUUCAUCAGUUAAGAUGUUGUGAUGCUACAUGACAAGGCCACAGUGAAUAUCCAUCAGUAUAGAGAACGUACAGCCCAAACAGCUUGUAACCAAGGCCACUGUUUACAUACAAUUAUUUAUUGUAGAUGUGGAACCACUCAGAUCUUAAUAACGUAGUAGACCAUGGAUACUCAGUUAACUACUGGUUGGUGAGCCAUUUGGAUGAAACUAUGAACUUGUUGGUCAGGACUGUUAGUGCAGCAGUAUUUUACAAACUCUAUUAAUCUAGCAGUAUUAAAAGAAUUUGAUGCCAUAGAUUGUAUAGUAUAUACCUUUUCCUCAGGGAGCUAAAUCUAACCAUUCAAAAGCGAGGGUUGAAUUUUGAAUUGAUCCGCUGUAAUUCAUAAAAACUAUACUUCAUAUUUGUAUUAUAAGGCUCAGUGUACGUGUGAAAAAUUGCAUCUGUAUGUCGUCUGAACAGCACUAUCGGCGGGACUCUUGUUUAACCAUCAGACAAACAUUGGGCAUUAAUCUUAACAGCUAACAUUGUAAUUGAUCAUGAAAGGAGGCGGAGCUUUGCUAGAGGUCGUAGUUCAACAGCAACCAAUCCAACUGUUGGACAGAGUUACAGGAGGUUGAACAACUUCUUCACAUACCAGGCCAGACCGCUUUACCCAUGAAUCAACCCUAGCAGUAUGAAGUAGUGCAUUAAGUGUGUUAUGCAUGUCCAUCCACUGCUAGAAGACACAGAAUACUUAAAUUAUCCAGGCAAAAAUAUCCAAACAUGGCCACCGCAUGCUACAUAUGUAGGCCACACAGAGGAGAGGCCAAUAUUUAUCUGCAAUAGUGCCAGUCUUUUUGUUUCAUGUCUCUUUACCUUUCCAGACUGUGACCAUCACUGUAAAAUAAUACCUUGGAAAAUGCCAAUAAAACCAUCAUAAACGUA